CUGAACAGUACUGUCGCGAUUUGAAUAUCGUGCUGCUUUUCAAAUACAAGUGAAAGGGCAACUACUCUUCGGAUUGUGGUCGCUUUUACACUGCCUGUUAGUGUACCAUGGCCUCUAAGCCCCGUCCUCCUUUGAUGAAGAAACACAGUCAGUCAGACCUGGUGAGCCGGCUGAAGACCAGGAAGAUACUUGGGGUUGGAGGAGAGGACGACGAUGGAGAGGUGCAUAGGUCAAAGCUCAGUCAGAUGUUGGGGAAUGACAUCAAGUAUCAGGUGCGAGAGCCUGUUGGACUGAGGGUCUGGAUCCUCAUCUCUGCAGUAGCCUUCACAGUCAUGGCCUUGAUGGCCCUGGUGUUGCCCAAGCAGCUGUAUGACAUAGUGUUUGAAGAGGAGCUCAACAACACCAGUGUCUCCAUCAGACUCUAUGGGGGAGCACUGCUCAGUCUGUCCCUCAUCAUGUGGAAUGGUGUCUAUACACAAGAGAAGAUCAUCAUCCAGUGGACUCUGCUCAGUGAAGCAUGCUACUUUGCCAUCCAGUUUUUAGUGACGUCAGUCACUCUAGUGGAGAUAGGCUCGUUGCCCAACGCUGCAAUCCUCCUCCUCCUCAGCCGAGUAAUCUUCCUCCUGAUCACUCUGCUCUACUACUACCACCUGGGCAGAGGACGACCCAAGAAGAUCUGAUGGCGAGGGGACAGUUGCUUCCAGAUGUGGGCUCAGAGGGAGGUGGGGUGUAAUUGAGGGAGGCAGGUAGCCUAGUGGUUAGAGCGUUGGGCCAGUAAAGGUUGCUAGAUCGAAUCCCCGAG